AUGGAUGCAACAGAGUUAUUUUUAAAGCAGGGAAAGCUAUGCAACCUUGGUCAGCAACAAGUACCUAAGGGCCAGAACAAAUCAAUUAAGAAUAUGCCUGAUUCUGAACAACCUCAACAACAGGAGAUUGGAAAUUCAGAUUUGUUGUGGGAACCGCCAACAAUGGAAGAAGAGAAUGAAAAAUUAUCUGGACAUCUUAGAAAGAGAAUUUGUUUAAGCAUUGAAGCAAAUCAUGAGAAAGAAAAGCAACUGCAAGUUCAAAAUGCUGAAGGCCAUCCUUAUCUUCGUAGUCAAGAGAAGCUGUCUGUAUCUCUGCUAGUCCCAAGUUAUCCAGAUGUCUUUGUGCACUCACCAAACUAUGAGCUGGAGACCCAGCAACCAAAAGUUCAAAAGACAGAAAGACCUCUCGAAAUCAAAUCACUGUCAGUUGAGGGAGGAAUUAUUGCUCAUGUAUCCAGGACAAACCUUAUAGAAUCUUCUGUCGAUUUGCUUCAGGAAGAACAGGAGAUUGUUCCUGAGCUAACAUAUCAAGAAAACCUUAAAGAGCAAGAACAAGAAAUGCAGUCAUUUAGUCACGAGAAGCAUCAACAAGCUAUUCUUUCUGAUGUGGUGAAGACGCCUGAUUUCCUAUUAGCAACUGGUGCGGAGCAGGGGUUGGAAAAUGUGAUUAAAGAAAAUGCUGUUGAGCUUGAACUGACACCAAAUGACCAAUCUUGUCGAACACAACCUGAGCAAAAGCAGCAGCAGAGGCAACUAGGUGGUCUUCCGGGGAUGCAAUUUAUAAUUCAUUUUAAUGCACUGUUGCAGGAUGAGGACCAUCAAGCAGAAAAUGUGAUUAAGGAGAAGGCUGUACAGUCAAGUCACCUGAGUCUUGAAUUGACAGUAAGUGAGCAGUCCUGUCAAGGACAAUUGGAGAAACAGGAGCAACAACCGCAGAGGCAAUUACGUCCUCGAGGUAAAAAGUCAGCUGAGUCUGAUUGUGGAGUGGCAACAGCACCUGAAUGCCAGGAGCAGCAGCCCAGAGAUCCAAUCCAGGAAAGAAUGAAGCUUGAUCAUAAACCAGCAGAGCAGAGGCAAUUGCGCCCACAUUGCCAGAGGUGCUCCAAGUCUGAAUUGUCUCUCACUACAUCUAUGGUCGAAUUAUCACCAAGAAAAAAUCAGGAUACUGAAAGGCAAACAGAGGAAAAGACUGGAGAGCUGAAGACAUCACUGGAGGAAACAGGCCAAGGACAGCUGCAGCAGAGGCAGCUUCGAACGAGAAGCAAAAACCUGUCUGAAUCUAAGCAUUCAUUGCUUUCAAACACUGGAAUGUCACAAGGGAUCAGCCAGGAGCCGAAAAUUCAUCUCAACUGA